ACCUCACGUCUCGUAGCCUAAAUACAUUUGCUUCCUUGUAGUAAAAUCAAAGUCGUGAGUCGCUCUCUGGAGAGUUACAGCCGUUUGCAGAGGGGCAGUUUAGGUGAACGCAAUGGGGAAAAUAGAGUGGGCGAUGUGGGCCAAUGAGCAGGCUCUGGCUUCGGGAUUCAUUCUCCUCACUGGAGGCAUUGUGGGGGUGGCUGGACAGUUCAGAGGCUGGCAGUUUGCUGCUUAUGCAGUUGCUGCUGGGGUGUUUGUGUGUCUACUUGAGUAUCCCAGAAGCAAGAGGUCCAAGGGCACUAGUGUGGAGAGAACGGGCCAGUACUGCUUCACUGUGUGUGUAAAAGGCUUUGGGCCAUUGACGAGGAACUAUUAUGUCAGAGCAUUUUUACAUGCUGCAAUCUCUGUACCUGGAGGCUUCAUGCUCGCUACUGUCCUUGGAUGUGUCUGCCUCGGCAUUGCCAGCCUCAUCUACCUGGUGGCAGCUAUCCGAGGUGAACACUGGGAGCCCAUUCUUCCAACGAAGGAGAUCCGAAAGCCAGUUGGAGAGAGCAUCAAGAAUCCUCCUCAGAAUCCACCACCAAGACCUCCUCCAGAGAUGCGCAGGAAACGGGUAGACGACCUGGAGGGAGCAGCCUAUGACAACCCCAUCUCUGUCACUGCCAACGAGUAACCAAUCCAGUGCCCCAUCCUCUGUAUCCCUUCACCUGUCUGCCUGAGAUCUUGGUACAAUUAAACCCAUCAAAACCAGUCACAGUGGGACGUCACCAGAUUCUGUGAUUCUGGACAAAUGAAUAGUUUUCUGAAAUUUAGUGAAGCUAGUGACUGGACCACAAGUUAGGUCCAUACCUUCAUACCUCAACCUGCUGAGAAAUAUCUUGAAAACAGAGAAAAAUGUUGUACUGAGAUUUCAAAAGAGGAUGGGUAAAGUGAAUGUCAUAUUUUACUUUUGAAUUUAAAAAAAAACAUGCCACAGGAGAUAAAUGUCAAUGCUAUAGUUGCUAAGCGGCAAUCACAUACAGAUACUGUCAAGUCAAAAGACUGUAGGUGAUGUUGGUAUUGUUACUGCUGUUAUAAAAGGGCAAAGCAAUAGGCUACCUGUUUUCUGCACCAACCACCAUAUACCUGAAGCUGGGUUGCAUCCCCUGAAUUGUAUUACCAUGCAUAGAUCUUACAAUAUAAUGUAUAACAUUUUUAACCCCUGUGUAUUUCUUAUUAUUUGGCUGUAUGUAACUAAUAUUAGCCAUUUGUUAAUUUUUGUUUCUGUACUUUGACAUCUUGUAAAUAAAUCCCUUGUGCCCCCUG